UAACUCGUGUAUUCGACUUUCUUUGUCUUCGCCCCAGAUUCAGUGAUAAUUCCCAAACCUCCCAAGGCGACAUCCUAAUUAUAUUCCAGUUUCUCCCCGGGCUGUGUGGAAAGUCAGUCGGUCGAUUGUCCAACCCAUUCGUGUCAUUUCCUCCUUUCUUUUUGCAAAUUCCCUUCCAUUUUUUCUUUUUCAUUGACUUGUUUUAUUUGGAUUAUUAUUACUUGGGAUAUUUUCUUUUCUUCUUUUAAUCCCCCCCUCCCAUUGGGGGAACGAAGAGGGAAAAGUUCCAGUCGAGGAGAUCACGCAGUAAUUGCAGGACGGUCCUGGAUCCGAUAGACGACACAGCAUCCUGGACGGCCUGCAUGAUGCCCUCCCCAUCCUUCUUUAAAUCACCUCGACAGGCGCCGCCCAUGAGGCCCUCUCGAUCCCUCGAGGGUCUCGAGCGUGUCAUUCCCCCACAAUUCUCUGACCCCCCGGGGCGAUCGACCGUCCACCUCGACAAACCGCUACCCGACUUACCUAUCAAACCGUUACCAGAAACUCCUUCGAUGGAGGGAUCGACCGCCUGGAGUGAGGACAGUAGCCUCGUCGACAGUCUGGAGUCCCACCGACACUCUGGGGAUUCCACCGAGAGUUACCCCGUCUUCGUCCGUCCUGGUUCCGCGGAUCUGUCCGAGCUGGUCGACCAUGCGGCGGCGCCGGAUUCCUCGCUGGAUCGUGCCUCGUCGUCCGGCCUCGAGGAGUACGUGAAACACCCGCCGCUGUCGAACAGCAAUCCGUAUCUGUCGGACGAGGACUACGAACCAGAACGACCCAUACCUCUGUGGAACCCGACGCCUACGGGUCCCAACCAUUAUUUCCGCGAGAAGAAGUGGGACUUCUUCCCUGAGCUGGCUACCCCGUCGGCCCUCAACACCCGGGCGCCCCCAUUCCCCACGAAACCACAGAAGAGCAGCAGUCGUCUGAAUCUCGCCGUCUUCGAUUUCAAGAGAAACCAUCGAUGGCAACCCUCCGACCGCGGGGGGCUAAGCCUAGCCCACGACGUGCGGGAUUCAAUCCGCUCCUACGUCCAGCGACGACUAUCCCGACAUUCAGUCGACAAGGAAAAGGCCAAGCGCGAACAGCGACCCGCCACCGCGUCCGACGACACCCCCGACUACCUCGAUGCACAACCCGCACGGCAGCGGGUGCCGUCAAGUCAGUAUUCCGACCACGAAAGCACCAUCGCAGACAUGAAGUCCGCAGGCAUUCAGACGAAGCGGCUAUCCGUAACCAGUGCCACGAGCACCGCCGCAUCCAGCAAACCGCCCCUCACACUCCUCGCCUCCUCCCGGAGGAAGAAGCAACUGGCCGUGCCCCUGUCCGCGUACCAGAAGUACGGACCCGCCAUCUGGGAGAAACCCAGCCGCGAGAAGCGCAUCAGCUAUCGCCAGAACCACCGCGUGCGGUUCCCGCGCUAUCGACGAAACACUACCACGCCGCGGACCCGGCCGGGGUCGGCGGUGGCUACCCCAACCCCCUUGCCGUCGCCCACACACUCGCAGCUGCAGCGGAAGACGACCCGCGAACGCGUACGCGCCCUGCAGAGUGGCACCAGCCACGUGCUGGUUGCCCUCGACGGCGCCCGGAAGCGGAUCAUCGGGGCAAGGGUCGAGCGCAAGCAUAGCCAGUUGAAGUCGCAGAUUCGACUGGUUGGGCCGGUCAAUCCGUAUCAGAAUCUUCGGCAGGCGGAUACGUGGAUCUAACGUGAAAC